AUGUCGGAUUGCAAGGAUCUGACAAUGGAAACGCGAUUUGAAAAUGUAAGGAGAAACUGCUAGAAAGCAACAUGAAAAAACUUUUAGGUGCAAUACCUUGGUUGUUCACAAUUAGUCAAUAAUGAUAGUGAUAACGAAAUGAAAUCGCUGAUGAAGGUAAAUAAUUUGCAUAUUUAUUAAAAUUUCAUUUUUUAAAGGUGCUGGAUGAGCAAACAGGUGCACACUCUGUUGUCGUAACCCUUAUCGUUCCGCACAUUAUAGCUGGCACAGCCAAGUGAAUUUCCUAGAACGCAAUAAAAAUUCAUAUGUUUUUUGAUUUGUCAGAUUGAUUGAUAACCGUGGAAAUAUCCUUUCAUCAUUCCCUUUAGUCAACAUCAGAUUUUGCAUCCGUGGCGAUAAUAUAGCAUCUCAAAACACUUGUUUUGGAAUAUCUUUGACACAUAGAAGCAAUUCUGGGUGAGAUUAAUAGCUGACACAACAACAAAAACGUCAAAUAUGUUUUAGAGAAUGUAACAAUCCUUCAGACACCAUUCACCAGUGUCACGUCUUCAGAACUUCUAAAUCUGAAACGGUUAGUUAAGUUUUUGCACUUGUUCUUAGCUAUGAAAAACAGAAAUCUGGACAAUAUGUCUUAUUCCAGGCGGCUAAAGCUUUGUACAGUUUCUCACAUGCGUUUUCUAACAAAGACUGUGAUCCAGAAUUAAAUAGAUUGCAGUUUCAGUUUGAGAGUACUUUGGAGAUACAGGUCAGAAUAAAAUGAAACUAUUCAACCAGAAACAAACAUGCUUCUGCAGGAAAACGAUGGAACAAUGGCGAAUCCUAAUUGGAAGUUGUGCCCACAACACAAUGGAGUUUUCAGAGUGCGAAGAGACAGAGAGAAGAAAAUAAUAGUUCAUCUGAAACAGGUAACAUUUGAUUCUUUAACCAGGAUAACUCCCAUAUCGAUUCAGAUCACUGGAUUUCUCUUAAACAUCAAAAAAUGCUUUGGAAUGUUGUUAGCAGCUGGGAGAAACUUAAGACACUCCGAUCUACAACUUUUGGAGAUGGCUAGAAAUGAAACAAGUUUCGAUUCCGCUGUUUUUCUCAUAGAAGCCAACUGGGAUCCUCGAGUUCACAUGUUUGAAGUUUUGAAUACAGAAACACCACGAGGUACCGAGUUUUCACUAACUUCAAUCAUUAUUUUUGUCAAGACACUCGUGUGUUCAUGACAGUAGCUGUCGAUGUCAUUGUGAACGAAAUAAACGAGCCUAUUCGCUUUUCAAUGGAAGCAAUGUCAAGAGUGUUUCACGAACACGAACGAUUCUACAAAACACCACAAACAAUUGUUUCAGAAGAAUUCAUUCUUGUUUUAGAGGUAAACUUGUAUUAAUGAGGUGUAACAGUGAUGAAAAUGUCCUCAUAUUAUAGAAAAACUCAGAAACAUAUGACUGCGUAGAUAACAAGCUGACUUUUAUUUCACUGGAAUCGGAUAGCGACAGGUUUUUCUUGGAAACGUAAGCUAUCAAGCAAAAAUUGUUACCUUUCAGAAAACGAUCACAGCAAAACGUCGGGAAAAGCCCAUCAAGAAUGCCAACGCAGCUGUUGCACCCUACCGGAGAAGAUGAAUCAGGUAAUACACGAGCAAAUUCAAAACAUGCCAUGCAAACGUUUUCAAGAUUGUGACGAGCCUUUGCUUUCCGGGUCCGGAAAAGUUUCACAAGAAUGUGGUGAAGAAGCUUUGAAAACAUGGAUCGAACUUAUCGAAAACUGGAAUCCUUCUUGCGAUAAGUAUGUUUUUUAUGUUUUCUAUUAUAUUUGUAAAAAAUUCUCAUCAGACCAGACAAAAUAUCGGAACUUGUGUUGGACGGUAUUCCCGACAAGUUUCGUGGACAUGUUUGGCAACUUUUGGCAAACGUGGUAUGUGUUUUUACUACUGUCUAGGGCAUUUCAAAGUUCAUUCAUUCUGUUGAGACACACACACCCUAAGUGUUCUCCGGGGCAAUAUUUUAUCCGCAAAAGAAAUGUCAAUUGUUUUUCAUUUGGAUUCUGAAAGAUAUUUUAAAUUUGUCUUUUUUUAAUUGGCGCCGGCGGAGAUCACAAUUUCAACAAAGCGAAAUCUCUUCGAAAUUCCCUGAUAGAAAACUACAAAAAUUGCAAAAUCUUUUUCAGGCUACUGAAGAAGAAGAGCUGAUACAAAAAUAUCGUCGGUACUUGGAAAAACCAUGUCCGUCCGAACAAGUCAUAAUGCGAGAUAUUCAUAGAACUUUUCCGGCUCAUGAACAUUUCAAAGUUUCUGGUGGCGACGGACAACAAUCUUUGUACAGGUUGAGCAAGGUAAAAAUAACAAGCAAAAUUUUCUUAACAAAUAAAAUCAUAGGUGUAUUCUUUAUAUGAUGAAGAAGUAUCUUAUUGUCAAGGAUUAUCAUUUCUUGCUGCUAGUCUUUUGUUGCAUGUAGGUGGCACAUUAAUGAGUGAAUAAAAAUCAAAGUAAUUUGCAGAUGUCCGAAGAAUACGCAUUUUGCACACUUGUGAAAAUAAUGUUCAAUUAUGGUUUGCGCGAUUUAUUCAAGCUAGGCUUCGACAAUCUUCAUUUACGUUUCUUUCAAUUAACAUUUUUGAUGAAAGUGAGAAAAUAUUUCUUACGUCAUUCAACUAGACAUAAUUUAGGAUUAUCUACCAGAUUUAUGGAAGCAUCUCAAUCAUAUUGGAAUAGAAACGCACAUGUAUGCAUCACAGUGGUUCCUAACACUUUUCACCGCAAAGUUUCCUCUACAAAUGGUGUUUUUCAUUCUAGAUUUGUUUUUGAGCAAGGUUAGGUAAAAAUGCAAGCAAUGACAUUAUCAAAUAUCAUCAAAUUCUAGGGUAUGAACACAAUUUUUCACAUAUCACUUGCACUUCUUCAAGAUGCAAAAACAGAUUUAUUGCAGCUGGAUUUUGAAGGAACUCUAAAGUUUGUUGUUUUUGUUGGUAACUUCUUAAUAUGGUUCAAGUCCGUUACAAUGGUCCCAUGGAAUUCCAAGGGUUCCAUAGAAUUACAAUAGUCCUAAAUAUCAAAAGGAUCCCAAGUUUUGGACAAAUACUACAAGGAUCCAAAAAAUUGUCAAAUAAACAGAUAAGUUUGGAGAAAUGGGCAAAAUAAUACAGGAGUCUCGAGAAAUUGUUAAUAUUCUUUUUGAGACCUGUAAUACCUUGAGACACUUGAAAUAUCUCGAUAUCUCCGUAAUUCUAUGGGCCCCGUAAUUCGGCACUGCUCUAAAAUCUGGAACCGAAGCGAAAAAAUUGAGGACCAAAAAGAUACCGAGGACCAAUAAAAAAUCGAGGACGGACAAAAAAUCAAGGAGAGAAAAAAUCAAGGACCGAACAUAGUGGACGUCCACGGCGGCCUUUACAACGGAUGCACCUGAACUCAUUAAGAUUGUAGUUGAACGUUUUUUGGUUUCUCUGUUUAUUCACGAGCUAUGCUUGUUUCCAAGAAAUCACUUUGAAACUGGUAUCAUCGCAUUCAAGAAGUGGUUUUAAAUUUUUGAUCUCAACAUGUAAAAUACUCAAAGAAAUGUUUAAAAUCGAAUGCCGUUGAGUCUGAGUUGAACCAAUUUUUUCAAACAUUUUUUUAUGUUGCGUGAAUUUUCCGAAUGCCUUUCUCUAUGACAGGUGAGAAGAACCAGACGAGAAACUUUGAUUCGACGCAACAUAACAAAUGUUUGAAAAAAUUGGUUCAACUUAAAACGGCAUUCGAUUUUAUUUAUUUUUUUGAGUAUUUUACACCGAAAAUCUAAAACCACUCCUUGAAUGCGAUAAUACCAGUAUAAAAGUGAUUUCUUGGAAACUAGCAUAGCCAAAAAACGUUAGAGUAGAAUCUUCGAGUGCAUUCUUUGUCAAGAGUCUGUUCUUCCUGAACAGAGCCGAAGUUCUCCGAGACGUGGAAGUUUCCCGAGAGGUGGAACUAGUCCGGUUCGUGUGUGUCGUGCAGGCAGCCUUGGAGGUCGAGGUAGCCGUGGACGUGGUGCAAGUCUUAGAAAAUCGCCUCACAUAUGUGGAAAUACAGUUUGAUGGAAAGAUUUCCGCUUCUUUAGGGUGGAGAGUUUUAGAUGAGGCGGCGGAAAAAUAAUGGUGUAAAACUGUCAAAAACAGGAAAGAAUGGCACGAAAAUAAAUUUGUAGUUUUUCGGUGAGAAUUGGCACGGUUCCCGAUUCUGCUAUGUCAGGUCCUCGAUUUUCCGCUUUGGUGCUCGAUUUUAGAUCAGUGCUCGUAAUUCCCUAGGACCCCUCUCUCGGACUCGAAUCUUCUUUUGAAAUCGUUUACUAUUCCAAUAAUAUUAAGGUAUUUUCGCGUUUCUUUGCCUAGACGUUACCGAACGGAAACAGCAACAAAAUGCUUGAUUCAAAAAGCCGUAAAGUUUAAGAUCAACCACAAAAAACUAGAAAAAUAUGAAAAAGAAUACCUACGCAUUAAAGAAUUGGAAAGAGAAAACGAAGAUCCUGUUCUACGAAUGGAAGUAUGAAUUUUCUUUUAAUUUCGAAAUUGCUUAUGAGCUAAUCACGAAUAUUUUAGAAAGAGAUAAGUCGACAUCUGGCUAAUACACUCCGUUUGGAACGUGAAAAUGACGAUUUAGCUCAUGAACUUGUCACCAGCAAGAUUGAACUAAGGAAAAAACUAGAUGUGGCAGAAGACCAACUCGAAACAUAUGCAAAUUUAAUUGAAAGGUUGACAAGACAAAAUCAAGACUGCUCGGAAGAAAACAAGAACCUUCUACGUGAAUAUGAGCAGAUAAAAGAAAUGUAUAGGAACGAUGUUGUACGAUUAGAAGAUAGUAGUUCGAGAGCGGAAAAGCUACUGGCGGAGUACAAGAAAUUGUUUUCUGAGAGAAGUAAAAGAGCUGAGAGUGAACGAGAGCAUUUUGAAGCUCAAAAAAAAUCUAUCACCGUGAGUUUAAACGCGUUUCCAUUUCGGUACUGCCCCAAAUCAGAACCAAUUCUCACUGCAAAUAAUUAUGUUCUGGAAAUGUUCUAAUUUGGGGUAUCCCCUUCAAACUUAUCACUGCGGCCAAAAACGAAUAAAGAGGCAUAGCCUAAUUGGCACUCUAAAACCAAUUUUUGGCGGUAAAUUAUGAAACUAACACUCAUUUUGAUUGUUUUUGCUAUGACGGAAGACUAGAUCACUCAGGCGCAAGUAAAUUUCAGAAUAAUCCCAUUUGUACCAUAUCACACCAGGUAGUUAUUUAGUCCAACUUUGUGAGGCCUGGCCUGUGCACGGGCUCCAAAUUGGCCCCGUUCUGAUCAUAAUUUAUACGUUUUCUCUUUCAAUUGUUAUUUUUCAUCAAUAUCUAACACAAAAAUGGGAAAAAAUCCCUGAACCCGUGCCUUUGCCGGGCUCAACGUGCCUUUUUAUUCAUUAAACUAAUGUCAUUUGAGGCAAGGAUAUCCGAUUGUGAAAAGUGCUGGUUGUCGAUUGUGGAAUGGGAAAAAAAUCAAAGUCCCAUCAACGCCUCAGCUGUUCCAGCAAAUCUCGACAUAAUGGCCAAAUUGGAAGAAAGAGAAAAUCAUAUAAAGUUUUAACUUUUGUUUUGAUUACGGCAAAUAUUUUCUUUUAGGUCACUUGAAAUUGAUUUGGCACAGACAAAACUUUCAUUGGUGGAAGCAGAAUGCCGAAAUCAGGAUCUGACGCAUCAACUGAUGUCUCAGAGUGAAAGUGAUGGAAAAAAGUGAAAAAUUUUUUCUUUCUUUCAUUUACGUGUUCUACUGUUUAGGUGGCUGAAAAAAACGUUAACACAGCUUAAAGAAGUGGGAAGUUCACUAAAACAUCACGAGAGAUCGACCAGUUCUAUGACGCCAUAA